UUCAAAUUUUCCUAUGGCUCAGUCCUGAUGCGAUAAUUCAAUCGAGCGGCCGCGUGUCUGUCUUUGCUGCGCUCUUGGCUUUGCGGAGAGGCGAGAGACAGAAGAAAGUGUGUCCGGCGAAAAGUGUGCGUGAAAAUUUUCCCCAAGAUUUUAUUUUUUGGAUCCGGAUUGGAGGAGAGCAGAUUUGGGCGAUCGAGCGGACUAUUCCUGAGAUUCUAAAAGUCAGUUGAUUGGAUGUGCCGCAACCGGCAGAGUUGUUAAUUCAGCAGUUGGCGUAGUUGCGCGGAUCCUAUGUCAACAUCAUGUCCAAAGUGAACGGGUUUGACGAGGCAAUCGCCAUGGAGGCGAAAGUAGCAUCUCCAAGGGUAGGAUGCUGCUACCGGUUAGUGAAGUUCAUGACGGUGUACUGGCGGGCGUUGGUAGUAUUUUUAGCGCCUUUCCUAGCGGCUUCGGUUUUCACCAUAGACACAACACCUGCCUACCGAUGCAUGUACGUAGUGCUGAUCAUGUCGAUGUACUGGGUUACGGAAGCGAUCCCUCUUCCAGUUACGUCGAUGCUGCCUAUUGUAUUGUUCCCGUUGUUGGGAGUGCUCGAAACCGAUAAAACCUGUAUGAUGUACAUGAAGGAAACCAUGCUGAUGUUCAUCGGUGGCAUUAUCAUCGCUCUGGCAGUCGAGUACUGCAACUUGCAUAAACGAGUGGCGCUGAAGGUCAUUUCUUUGAUCGGAUGUAGCCAGAGGAGGUUGAAUUUCGGAUUGAUCACUGUUACCAUGUUUGUGUCGAUGUGGAUCUCGAACACAGCUGCGGUUGCCAUGAUGUGUCCAAUUAUGCAGGCCGUGUUGGAAGAAUUGGAAUCGCAAGGGCUGUGUAAAAUGUACGAGAGAUCAAAAAAGACUAGCGAAGAGGAAGGAAUGCUUGGAAAUGAGAAGCAAUCUGAUGAGCCACUGAAGCCGUCCAAGACGACAAUCUGUUACUUUGUAGGAGCUGCCUACGCAUCCACUCUGGGUGGUUGCGGUACCAUUGUUGGAUCUGGAACUAAUCUUACCUUCAAGGGUAUUUACGAAGGCCGUUUCCCGGAUGCCCCGGGUAUCGAUUUCCCCAAGUUCAUGUUCUACAACGUGCCUGGAAUGUUGAUCUACACCUUCCUGACGUGGGCCUAUCUGCAGUGGCUGUACAUGGGCAUGUUCAGACCGAACAGCCCCGAAGCCAAGGCCGCAGAAAUCGGAAAGGAGGGUGAAGCCGUCGCCCGUAACGUCAUCGACACCCGCUACAAGGAGCUGGGACCUAUGACUUCCCACGAAAAGAGUGUUGCCUUCCUGUUCGUUUGUGCCGUUGCGCUUUUCUUCAUGCGAAAACCUGGAUUCAUCACCGGUUGGGCUGAUCUGCUGCCAGCUGUCGAUAUCAAGGAUGCAACUCCGGCAAUGUUCAUUGUCAUUGCUCUGUUUAUGAUUCCUGCCAACUGGAGGUGCUUUAAAUUCUGCCGAGGAAAUCCCGGUCGCCUACCGAACGAAGCCACCCCCGGUCUAAUCACCUGGAAGUACAUCAACCAGAAGGUACCAUGGAGUCUUAUUUUCCUGCUAGGCGGUGGCUUCGCCCUGGCCGAAGGUGGCAAAGUUUCUGGAAUGUCAGCCCUGCUGGGGCAGUCUCUGUCUGGGCUGAAAACCCUACCCCCGCUAUUGUUGCUGUUUGUAGUGUGCCUUACCGCUCAAAUACUGACUGAAUUCACGUCCAACGUGGCCAUCUGCAACAUCAUGUUACCCGUACUGGCCGAAAUGGCGAUCGCCAUCGAAAUGCACCCCCUGUAUCUCAUGCUACCGGCAGCGUUGUCGUGUAGCUUCGCCUUCCACAUGCCCGUAGGAACGCCACCCAAUGCCAUCGUAGCCGGUAUAGGAAACAUUGCGAUCAAGGAUAUGGCGGUGGCCGGAAUCGGUCCUUCGAUAUUCACCCUGUUGGUGGUGUGGGCCACCUUCCCAACGUGGGGAGCCGUCGUGUACCCAGAACUGGCUACUUUCCCCGAUUGGGCUCGACCAUCGAAUGUCACAGUGCAUUGAAGAAUGGAUGGGAAAAUCGCCUGCAUAAAUUAGUGUAUCAUGUUAGAGAUCAAAAUUAAAAUAAUGAAAAUGUUGCAGUGCAAUGCAUUCAAGCUGAGUAGGAACCAAAUUUUGUGCCAAAAAGUCAAUUGUAGGCACGUACUUUAGGGAUCGUACGUGGUAAUUCGGAGUUAUUUAGGGAAAGGUUUCGAACAAAGACGACGAUACUGAACUGUCGCAUCAUAGACUAAGCAAAGUUAACAUUUCGCAAAGAAUGGCAAAAUGGAUAGCUGUGACAUUGGUAGCUAUACCUAGUGUAGUAUACCAAACUGGAUGAUCAAAAUAGAAAGACACCGCUAGAUUCUCGAAAAAAUAAUGUUUCAAAUUAUAUUCAAAUUUAAACCACAAAAAUUAUACACGGUCUAAGAAACAUAGGCAUCUGAAAGCAUUUUAAAUACUUAAUUCAUAUAAAAGUGGCCUUACACAGAAUAAACUCUUGCUGAUAGGAUACAAGUAGGAGUGAAUUUGUAUUUUGUGAUUAAAUUUUCAAUAUUUUUUCUACGCCUUAACUUUAUGACCUGCGUGACUUAACGAACCGCAAUAGUAACAAGCAAACAGUCUUCCUUUUAGACAAGAAGUACUCAAAAUAUUCUGUUUAGGAUUGCUAUCUAAACUUAUCAUUACGUUAGCACCACCCAGUUGAGAAGCGAUAUGCAAUAUACUUUGUGAAUAGCACGUAAUUGUUGACCAAUGAUUACUUAAAAGUUUACGUACAUUAUGUUAAACGACAGUUGUUGCUGAAGAAUUGUGCUUUAGUAGCAAAGUCUUAAUAGAUUUAUUUACUAUAAAAAAUAAUAAAAA